AUGGCACCUCCACUACAGGUCCUGGCGGCGUUCAUGCAAUUCACAGUGUCCCUGUACCCGGACCAGGUCCACUAUGUCGACAUAAUUCUGGGAUCUGCCGCCGAGUUGCUGCAGAAGUUUAAGGCUCUACCAGGCUGCAGCGGUCCGAUAUCCGAGAAGGCUGCAGACCAGAUCGGGGAGUUACUGGCCGGGCCAAUGAAAACUUUGGGCCUCGGAGUCCUGAAGAUGGAGCACUUCGCCGGCCUGGUCAGCUUCUUGAACUUCGAGAUCCGAAAGCAAGUUUCCCUGAACAUGGUCACGGCCAUCGUGGAGGUCCAAUUCGCAAUUAGUGCUGACACCCGACGAGGCACUUCAGUCGCAACCCUGAAGGAAGGGAAGUUCUUCGAUGCUGUGCAGCACAUCAACGCCUGCAUGCAAGCCUUCGCGAAGGUUUUGGGCGACGACUCGGACAAGAUUUUGAAGGACCCCCCGACGUUCAUCGCCGAGAUGGUUCCGAAGGUCUCGGCGGAGCAGAAGGACACCCUUCGGCAAAUGUACGAGCUCCGUGGUGAUAUCAUUACGGGCCUCGGCGCGCACAAGCGUGCAGCCAGCGACUACGAGUGUGCACAGCAGUUGGGGAGCACAGACGGGGCGUUGAAGGACAAAGUGGCACAGGUGCAGGCAGCGAUGAAGGCGAAGCCUUCAGAAAGCAAGGUGCCCGUCACGGUACUCACCGGAUUCCUCGGAAGCGGGAAGACGACACUGCUGAAUCGCAUCCUUCACGAGAACCACGGCAAGCGCAUAGGCAUCAUCGAGAACGAGUUUGGAGAGGUCGGCAUCGACGACGGUCUGAUUGAGGCCGGCUCAAUCGCGACACAGGAGAACAUCAUCGAGAUGAACAAUGGCUGCAUUUGCUGCACCGUCCGAGGCGACCUCAUUGCCGGCCUGAAGAAGAUGAUCAAGAAUGCAGUCAAAAACAACAAGCCACUUGACGGCGUCAUCAUCGAAACUACCGGCUUGGCAGAUCCAGCUCCUGUCGCCCAGACUUUCUUCGCAGACGACUUUGUGCAGCAGAAGAUGUCACUGGAUGGCAUCGUGACUCUUGUGGACGCCAAGCACCUGAUCCCACACCUGGAUGAAGAGAAGCCUGAGGGCGUCGAGAACGAGGCCGUGGAACAGUUGGCCUUUGCAGACCGCGUUGUGUUGAACAAGUGUGACCUUGUCGACGAACCCCAGUUAGUGGAAGUGGAGAGACGCAUCCGCAUGAUCAACGAGUCGGUGAAGAUCCGCCGCGCCACUCAGAGCAAAGUUGAUAUGGACUUCAUUCUCGGCAUUCAGGCCUUCAGCUUGGAUAAGAUCCUGGAAAUGGAUGAUGCCUUUUUGGAGGACAACCAAGACCAUCAGCAUGAUGACCGUGUGACGUCUUGCGGUUUCCACGUGAAGGGCGAGGUGGAUCAGCAGAAGCUGAAUGAUUGGCUUGGCAUGGUGCUCAAGGAGAAAGGGGCAGACCUCUUUCGUACCAAGGGUGUGCUAGCCGUGAAGGGCAUGAAGGAGAAGUUCGUGUUCCAAGCAGUCCACAUGGCAUUUACUGGCUCCCCACAGGGCCCUUGGGGGCCUGAUGAAGAGAGAGUCUGCAAGCUGACUUUUAUCGGCAAGAACAUCAACCGGGAGGAGCUUGAGGCCAACUUCCGGAAAUGUCUCGUGGGAGGUUUACCGCAGAAGCUUGCACCGGAAGCAACCGUGAAGGAAGGGAAGUUCUUCGAUGCUGUGCAGCACAUCAACGCCUGCAUGCAAGCCUUCGCGAAGGUUUUGGGCGACGACUCGGACAAGAUUUUGAAGGACCCCCCGGCGUUCAUCGCCGAGAUGGUUCCGAAGGUCUCGGCGGAGCAGAAGGACACCCUUCGACAAAUGUACGAGCUCCGUGGUGACAUUCUUACGGGCCUGGGUGCGCACAAGCGUGCAGCCAGUGACUACGAGUGUGCACAGCAAUUGGGGGGCGCGUUGAAGGACAAAGUAGAACAGGUGCAGGCACUGAAAAAGGCCAAGCUCUCCGAAAGCAAGGUGCCUGUCACGGUACUUACCGGAUUCCUCGGAAGCGGGAAGACGACACUGCUGAAUCGCAUCCUUCACGAGAACCACGGCAAGCGCAUAGGCAUCAUCGAGAACGAGUUUGGAGAGGUCGGCAUCGACGACGGCCUGAUUGAGGCCGGCUCAAUCGCGACACAGGAGAACAUCAUCGAGAUGAACAAUGGCUGCAUUUGCUGCACCGUCCGAGGCGACCUCAUUGCCGGCCUGAAGAAGAUGAUCAAGAACGCAGUCAAAAACAACAAGCCACUUGACGGCGUCAUCAUCGAAACUACCGGCUUGGCAGAUCCAGCUCCUGUCGCCCAGACUUUCUUCGCAGACGACUUUGUGCAGCAGAAGAUGUCCCUGGAUGGCAUCGUGACUCUUGUGGACGCCAAGCACCUGAUCCCACACCUGGAUGAAGAGAAGCCUGAGGGCGUCGAGAACGAGGCCGUGGAACAGUUGGCCUUUGCAGACCGCAUUGUGUUGAACAAGUGUGACCUUGUCGACGAACCCCAGUUAGUGGAAGUGGAGAGACGCAUCCGCAUGAUCAACGAGUCGGUGAAGAUCCGCCGCGCCACUCAGAGCAAAGUUGAUAUGGACUUCAUUCUCGGCAUUCAGGCCUUCAGCUUGGAUAAGAUCCUGGAAAUGGAUGAUGCCUUUUUGGAGGAUAACCAAGACCAUCAGCAUGAUGACCGUGUGACGUCUUGCGGUUUCCACGUGAAGGGUGAGGUGGAUCAGCAGAAGCUGAACGGUUGGCUUGGCAAGGUGCUCCAGGAGAAAGGGAACGACCUCUUUCGUACCAAGGGUGUGCUAGCCGUGAAGGGCCUGAAGGAGAAGUUCGUGUUCCAGGCAGUCCACAUGGCAUUUACUGGCUCCCCACAGCGCCCGUGGGGGCCUGAUGAAGAGAGAGUCUGCAAGCUGACUUUUAUCGGCAAGAACAUCAACCGGGAGGAGCUUGAGGACGACCGUGCCCUCAGCAGUGUGGACGAUGUCACUGCCCUUUUCGGUUUCAUCGCCCCGCUGCUCAAGGACGAGGAGGACACGCCGAUGGAUGAGGCCAAAGACAAAGCCCGCUUUGCAGAGGAGCAGCACAAGGUCUGCAAGCUCGUGCAUCAGGUCCGACACGAAGAUAGCGAUGUUGAGUUUCAGAUCCUGACGACGAUGCGAGGCUUCUUCGGACAGGGUGGACCGAACAGGCUCGUCUUCACUUUGCAGCCCAUCUUCUUCGCUGCCCUCGGGCUGGUGCCAAAGAUCCUUGCACGGGAGAAGCGCCGGGCCGAGGAGGGAGAUGAGGCGGUCCCGCCACCUGCAGUCAGCAUGAAGAAGGUCUUCCAGUUCGUGCACAAGACGAACACAGCGCUGAUGCAGUCCUCACCAGACAUGGCGCUCCAUCUUUGGCUUGCUGCUGCCGUCUCUGCAGACCAAGUUGAGAGAGCCACCGGUGCGCAGGGAGGCUAUGAGCCCAUCGCGUAUGAGUUCCUCACGCAGGCCCUUGUCCUCUUUGAGGAGGAGAUUUCGGACAGUUCCAAGCAAUACAAGGGCAUCCAUAACAUAGUUGGCACCCUCUGCAAAAUCGCGGCCCUGGACCCGGAGAACUUUGAUAACGUCUCACAGAAGAUUACAAGGCACGCGGCGAAGCUGCUGAAAAAGCCAAUGCAGUGCCGGGCAGUGUCCGCUUGCUCUCAGCUCUUCUGGUGCGAUGCCAGACGAGAUGGCAAGAGAGUGCGGGAAUGCUUAGAGAGGUGCGUCAAAACGUGUGAGGCUGUGGUGCAGUCGGACUCCGCGCAGGUUGGCCUGUGGGUGGAGAUGUUCGACAGAUAUAUUUACUACUACGAAGUGCAGUGUGAAGAGGUAGGCAUCACCUUCCUGCAGAGUUUGAUGCAGAUCUGUGUGGAGCACAUUGACUUUGCUCUCAAGGAUGCGCAAGCGGAAGCCGAGGCCAGAAAAGCCAAGGCCUUCAACUGCGGGUUUUACAACUUCAUGUCGGCGUCGCAUGCAAAUCAGAAGGGCUUUCAGGUUAGAUUAAUGAUUCGCUACAGGUCGAUUGGUCCCUCCAUGCCGGUCCUUCCUUCUUUGCAGUGA